CGCAGCCGCAUAGAGGGAGGAAUGGCUGGAGGUGGGCCGCGAGUAGAAGGCGGUGGAUGCUUCAGGUAUAAAAAGCCUGUAAAAGAAUCGCUAGAAACUAUUCCGAGAACAGUGAGGAAGGAGAAGGAAUUAUGUUGGGAUGUGGCUGAGAUAGGUGCUGAGCCGCGAAGAGCUCUUCAUUGUCUGGAGAUCUGAAGCAGUUGACCACUGACGGUGCAGGCAGGGUCGGGCUCUGGCAGGACACUGGCUUGUAUUGGGUUGAGGGGCUCAUAGUCGAUUCAGCCAUCAGCCCGGAAACUGAGUGAAGUAUGAAUUUGACAAAAUGGAGCUCCAAAGGUACUUUGGGUUGGGAUGCAGUUGUCUUCAUGCACUAUCUGAUUGCUGUUGCAUUACUUAUUGAAAACGUUGCUACUGUGGUGAUACAUCAAGUGACGCAGACCUCUAAUAGUUUAGAAGAAGGAUUAGACAAUACUGCCUUUUGGUGGGGUGAAUGGGCCAAGUGGACAGGAUGCACCCGGACUUGUGGAGGAGGCAUCAAAACACAAGAAAGACACUGCCUGCAACAAAGGGAUCUUGAGCCCACUCGAGCUGGCCCUUCCAUUCACAGGCUCCCAAAGGAAGGGGGUGACAGACCCUCCAGAAGCUGCUUCACCGGGCUCUCCAGAGAUGUCCUACCUCUCCUCCACCCAGCUGUUUGUGAUUCCAAAGACUGUCGAAGUCAGCCAAGCAGAAGGCUUGCAGUGUUGGGAGCCGAUAACCAGACUUGUAUAGGUACUCCUAAACGAUAUCAGCUCUGCAAUAUACAGGAAUGCCCAGCUAAUGGGAGAAGCUUUCGAGAUGAGCAGUGUUCAUCUUUUAACUCCCGGGUUUAUAAUGGAAGGACUUACAAAUGGACACCGUUAUAUCCAGAUGAUUAUGUGCACAUUUCAAGCAAGCCUUGUGAUCUUCAGUGUACUACAGCAGAUGAACAGAGACAGCUAAUGGUCCCAGCACUGGAUGGAACAUCUUGUAAAUACAGGGAAUUCCGAGGAGUCUGUGUAGCUGGCAGAUGUGAGCCCAUUGGAUGUGAUGGGGUGCUCUUUUCCACCCAGACUCUCGACAAAUGUGGUGUGUGCCAGGGCAAUGGAAGCAGCUGCAUUAGAGUUACUGGCAACUACAGGAAGGGAGCAAUCUACCUGGGUUAUUCUCUGAUAACCCACAUCCCAGUUGGUGCAACAGAUAUCCAAGUAAUUGAAAGAAAGAAAUCUGAUGAUGUUUUGGCUGUUGCAGAUGAAUCUGGAAACUUCUUUGUGAAUGGCAAUUUAAAAGUGGAAGGUCCGAGAAACUUUCACCUUGCAGGCACCAUUUUUAAAUAUAGGAGACCCAUGGAUGUGCAUGAAACUGGUAUUGAAUACAUUGUGGCUCAAGGACCGACUGAUCUGGGAGUUAAUAUUCUGUUACUUAUUCAAAGUGGCAAGAACCCUUAUGUUACCUAUGAAUAUACAAUACCACGGAUUCUACACUUCAAAAGACUUCGACCUUCCUUUGAUUCAUUUUACUACAUGCCUGGGUCAGAUUCUCAAGGCAUAGAAUUUGAUGAUGGGCGCCUUGACGCGAGUUAUGACUUGGAUAGUGAAGAGAAUCUGGCCAAUUUUCAUCCUAAUGCAAGUUACAGUGAGAGACUUUCAAAGAAAAUUUCAGAACAAGGAAACAAGGUGUUAGGAACAGUGAACAAUCUGGCUGGUUUUGACGUGAGCAGCACUGUCUAUGAUGAAACAGCUCGUAAUCUUAAAUCAGAAGAUGAGAACAUACAGCAAAGCAAAGACACAUUUACAAGUGGACAUUCUUCUCGUGUAGAAGGGUUCAUCAACUUCAGUACAAAUAUGACUGAAAACUCAAGAGGAGGUCCAAUGUACUCUUCAGGGUCCAAUACAGCCGGUUUCCUGGUAUAUUACGAAGAAAAUGAAAAUAUGGGGAGCUACAAAGUUAAUGAUACACCCCUGGAACUGACCUUUAAUAUGUCUACAGAGAUUCCAUUCUCCAAUGAAACACUUCUGCAGAUUAUUCAUCAAGCAAACAGAACGCAGAAAUUGCGAAAGGCAGGUGUACAUGAAGCAGCUGACUAUUUUAUAACAAACUUCCCUAAAAAGAAUAACCUUUUUCCAGCUGAAGCUCUGCUUGUAACAAGUCUUGGAAUGCUUCUUCAACAGCAGGACAGGAAUAGACUGAAGAUGCUGAGAAAGGGCCUGGGAGUGAGCGCUGCUGACAUGUACAGAUGGAAGCUGUCAUCUCAUGAACCUUGUAGUUCCACCUGCGCAACAGGAGUAUCGACUUCUUAUGCAUUGUGUGUUCGUUAUGACGGCAUUGAAGUUGAUGAUUCAUAUUGUGAUUCUGUGACUCGACCAGAACCAGUUCAUGAAUUUUGUGUUGGAAGAGAAUGUCAACCAAGAUGGGAGACUAGCAGUUGGAGUGAAUGCUCACGUACCUGUGGAGAAGGACACCAAUUCAGAAUAGUCCGCUGCUGGAAGAUUCUCUCUGCAGGGUUUGACAGUUCAGUGUACAAUGAAAUGUGUGAAUCUGCUGAUCUCUCCAAGCCAUCUGAACAUAAAACCUGCAAAAACCCAUCUUGUGGCCCACAGUGGGAGAUGUCGGAGUGGUCAGAGUGUACAGCAAAGUGUGCAGAACGGGUUACCGUAACCAGAGAGGUAAGGUGCUCAAAGGAAGAGUGGUUGUGUGAUGAGAAAACAAAGCCACCAUCUCAGAAAGAUUGCGUUGGACCCCCUUGUGAUCGACAGUGGACAGUCUCAGACUGGGGCCCGUGCUCGGGGCCUUGUGGGCAGGGAAGAAUGAUAAGACAUGUGUACUGCAAGAAUUCAGAAGGAAGAGUAAUGCCUGAAUCCCAAUGUAAUCCUCAAUCAAAGCCUCAUGGCAUACAUCCCUGUGGAGCCAAAGAUUGUCCACCUCAUUGGCUGGCCCAGGAUUGGGAACGAUGCAAUACAACGUGUGGCAGAGGAAUGAAAAGGAGAGUUGUUCUAUGUGUGGGAAUAGUAAAUGGAAAAGUUAAAAUUUCCAAUCCCGAGGAAUGUGAUACCACUCAGAAGUUGAUUGAAGAAACAACGUGCUUUGAGCGUCCAUGUUUCAAAUGGUUUACUACUUCAUGGUCUGAGUGCACUAAGACCUGUGGAGUUGGAGUAAGAAUGAGAGAUGUGAAAUGUUAUCAGGGAAAAGAAAUUGUCCGAGGAUGUGACCCACUCUUGAAACCUGUUGCAAAGCAAAGCUGUGAACUCCAGGCCUGUCCUACCCAGCCGCCAGAUGACAGUUGUCAAGAUCAACUUGGGACUAACUGUGUACUGGCAAUUAAAGUCAAUCUGUGUUCCCACUGGUAUUACAGCAAAGCGUGCUGCAGAUCCUGUAGAACUGCUGAUUCAUAGUACAGACUGGCAGAAUUAUUGCACCUCCCAACAUGUGAAUAAAAGGAUGAUGGGAAACUGAUGGAAUUAGUUUUACUGCAAGAAUUGAGUGGCACCUUCCCUCAGAGACAUGUGUCUUAUUGGCAGGCCAUCGAGCUGGACAAAAUAAACAUAUGCUGUGAAGCUGUCAGGUUCUCUGGAGACCCAAAUGUUGCAUGCUGUCAUGUAUAGCAUUCUGCCCAUAACUGUGUGGCAGAGCCAUUGUACUCCAUUUCAAUUAUUCAGUUAUAAAUUAUUUUAUUACAAUGGCAUCACAACUAAUGCUACGGAACAUGGAGACAUGGUUGAAUGAAUAUUAACUCUGCAAACUAUCAUACAAGGCCAUUUGGUGCAAUAAUAAUAUCAUCAAUUUAAUGUAAUUCUGUAUUACAUGCAAAUGCUCAAUUUAGAUAAUAUUACAAUCUUGGUAUGUUCUUACAAUGAUUAUAUUUUUAAUAUGCUAAUUUCAAAUACUUUUUCAUAUAUAAUAAUGGAGAUCCAGUGACAUGAUCAUUAUAUCAAAUAUCAAAGCUGCCUAUAACUCUGAGAUGUAUUUACUCAGUUCAUUGCCUUUUCCUCAAGCAGUGCAAUCCUUUCGCUACCUGUUGCAUUAGCCUCUCUGUCUUAUUUGGUCCAUCUUUUUCCUUAAGAGGACAUUUAAAAAUGUUGGGCAGGGCUGAUUCCAAAAUUCCAGCACCACCACAACGCAUGUACACACCACACCAUUUUAAACAAUUAUUACUGGUAUGGGAUAAGGGUACAAAUAGCCAGUCGAAAUAAAGUGCACCAACCUUCACCAGCUUCAAUGUGGGAAUGGACAGUUCAAACCCCACCUCUCCAACCUCAGCAAUUUUGGUGCAGUCACGCCCCUUCUCUUCAGUGUGGUUCACAGCCUCUCAGAAGAGUCAUAAACUAUGGUGGAUCCUAACUUUAGACAUCAUAUAAUAAAAUACAACUAUUCAACAUUCCCAUGAAUUGCAUUGACACUCUUACUUUCUCAUACAGCUGUCAGUCAAUCACAGCCAUUUAUAGUAACAAGGCUAGAAGAGUAACUCCAUUCAACACUUCAACACAAUGAGUGAAAAGAUUUCAAAAAUGGUAAGUUAUUAUAAGGUAGUGGAAAUGUUGAGCAAACAUAGUUUUGCCUCACCUCUGCAGUUGCCUAACCAUUCCUUACUGGCAUCUAAAUGGAUUAGCCAGGCAUGCGUAAUGAUGCCACCUAUCUGUUUUUGUUGCUACAUUUACCAGAUGGUCUCAUUACGCAUGCCUGGCCAAGCUCCAAGAAUUACAUCUUUAAGAGACUAUAAACUAAGUUUUUUUAUCCCCCAGGGA